AUGCUAAACGCCGUCAAAUCGAUGGCUCGGGCAAGAACGCCCGUGCGAACCUAUAUGAAAAAACAGGUUAGCGCUACAACACAUUUCGAUGUCAUCGAUCACACCUUUGACGCGGUUGUUGUUGGGGCUGGAGGUGCUGGCUUGAGAGCAGCGAUGGGACUUUCAGAGGGCGGAAUGAAGACUGCAGUUAUCACAAAGUUAUUUCCUACUAGAUCUCACACCGUGGCAGCUCAAGGAGGUGUUAACGCUGCUUUGGGUAAUAUGAACCCAGACAAUUGGCGCUGGCAUUUCUAUGACACCGUCAAAGGUUCUGAUUGGCUUGGAGAUCAAGAUGCUAUUCAUUACAUGACUCGUGAAGCGGAGAGAGCUAUCAUUGAGCUAGAAAACUACGGAAUGCCUUUUUCGCGUACCACGGAUGGGAAAAUCUACCAACGUGCUUUCGGUGGUCAGUCAAACGAUUUUGGUCGUGGAGGACAAGCUCAUCGAACUUGCUGUGUCGCCGAUAGAACUGGACAUUCACUCCUUCAUACUCUCUAUGGAGCAUCUCUCCAGUAUGAUUGCAACUAUUUCGUUGAGUAUUUUGCACUCGAUUUGAUUAUGGAAAAAGGGAAAUGUAUCGGAGUAAUUGCUUUGGAUAUUGAAACAGGACAAAUUCAUCGUUUCCGGGCUAAGAACACCGUUCUCGCCACAGGUGGAUACGGACGAGCAUAUUUUUCAUGUACCUCUGCUCACACAUGUACUGGAGAUGGAACUGCACUCACCGCUCGCGCCGGAAUUCGUAACUCUGACAUGGAGUUCGUUCAAUUCCAUCCAACUGGAAUCUAUGGUGUUGGUUGUUUGAUUACAGAAGGAUCUCGUGGAGAAGGUGGAUAUUUAGUGAACUCACAAGGAGAGCGAUUCAUGGAAAGAUAUGCACCGGUCGCAAAAGACUUGGCUUCUAGAGAUGUGGUGUCGAGAGCAAUGACAUUGGAAAUCAACGAAGGAAGAGGAGUUGGACCGAAUAAAGAUCAUAUUUAUCUUCAGUUGCAUCAUCUCCCAGCCGAACAACUUCAACAAAGAUUGCCAGGAAUCUCGGAAACUGCUCAAAUCUUCGCCGGAGUCGAUGUUACUAAGGAGCCUAUUCCAGUCAUUCCAACUGUUCACUAUAAUAUGGGAGGAGUUCCAACCAACUACAAAGGACAAGUUCUCGAUUACACACCAGAAAAGGGAGACCAAAUUAUCCCGGGCUUGUAUGCUGCUGGAGAAUGUGCCGCUCAUUCUGUUCACGGAGCUAAUCGACUUGGUGCCAACUCUCUACUCGAUUUAGUUAUUUUUGGAAGAUCGUGUGCUCUAAAUAUUCUAAAGGAAAACAAGCCAGGAGAUUCUAUUCCAGAACUUCCGGACAAUUGUGAAGAUCAGUCACGGGAAAACUUGAACGGACUUCUUCAUUCAAAGGGAGAUAUUCCGGCGAUUGAAUUACGACUCAAAAUGCAACAUACUAUGCAGAAACACGCGGCUGUUUUCAGACGUGGUGAUUUGUUGAAGGAAGGAGUGCAAAAAAUGGCUUCUAUUUACAAAGAGCAAAAGAACUUGAAAGCAUGUGCUGACUCUGGAAAAGUUUGGAAUUCGGAACUUGUUGAAACUCUCGAACUACAAAACUUACUCAUCAAUGCCAACCAAACCAUUGUUGCAGCUGAAAACCGUACAGAGUCUCGCGGAGCUCAUGCUCGUGAUGAUUUCCAGCAGAGAAUCGAUGAAUUCGAUUACAGUAAAUCUUUGGAGGGACAAAAGAAGAAAACUUUCGAGGAACACUGGCGCAAACACUCCAUUAUCGGGAUUGACACCAAAACAGGAGCUGUUGAUCUCACAUAUCGCCCGGUUAUCGAUACGACACUUGACAAAUCGGAGACAGAUUGGGUCCCUCCAAAGGUCAGAUCUUAUUAG